AUCGAUGACUCAUUCCUAAAUUCUACAGCAACCACUUCAAUUCACAUUUCACACACCCUUCGCAACUCGUUUUUUACGCAAAAAAAAACGUUUCCAAAAACGUUUUUAAUCUUUUAAUUUUAAAAACACGUUUUAAAAAUAUUUACAAAAAUAAAAACAACAAUUAUUUUAAAAAAAACCCCUCCCGUCUCCAAAUGUUUUACAAGGAAACGAGCACAGCGACGAGUAACAGCAUCAUGAGCGAGUUCCCCCUGUCCACCUCCCCCACCUCGAUAAUGACGCCAAACACGAUAAAAACCAUCGAGCAGUCCAUCCUCGCCUCUUUGGAAAUCCAAACAUCCAACCCUCAAAUAAUCGCCUCCGCCGCGACGGGCUCCUUUGUCCCGCCGCUCCCCUCGCAAAAUUCCCACCACAACCAAACCGCGCCCACCCUGAUCCUCGCGAAUAAUUGGCAAGGCGCCAACGUCCAAACCUCGCAUCCCGAUAAUUCAACGGCGGACUCGUUUUCCGAUGAUAAUUCCAUGACAACCGAGGAGGAUGAUGAGGAAUUAGAGGUUAAGAGGAAGAAAAAUACUAAAAUCGUUACCAGGGCAACGCAGGGAGCGGGGAGAAGGGGGGGUAGGAAACCCAGGUUGGAUAAUGGGAGGGGUAGUGGGGGUGGGGGGAGGAUGAUGAAAGGAGAAAGGUGCGCAGGGAGAGGAAUAAAUUGGCGGCGGCGAGAUGUAGGAAAAGGAGGGUGGACCACACCAAUUUGUUAUUGGAGGAAACGGAAGCUCUGGAAACGACCCGCUCCCAGAUCCAGAACGAAAUCCAGCUGUACCAACAGAAAAAAGAGGAAUUUGAGUUCCUCCUCUCCGCCCACCUCCCAAUCUGCACAUUUUCCAACAAGGAAGAAAAAUACACCCCAAACAUCGUAACCAUAGCAACCAGCACCCCCACAGCAACCACCCCCACCUCGAUGGGAGGGAAAGCCAAGCGACCCAACACCCUCCCGGUGAACUCUGGAAUUCACGCCAUAGUAACGUCUUCUGGAAUUUCCAUAACAACGCCCAGCAACGGGCUCAACAUUGGGUUUGAUUCUUGGAUAUCGGAUUUACCCUCCACGGGGCUCACCCCCACGGUCACCAGCGUCAUGGGGGCCGGGGACUGCCUCCAGACCCCUCUCAACACCCCUGGAACCGUUCGUGACAUUUUAAAUGGAUUGCAACAAAAUAAUGGCAAUAGAUUUGUUAGCUUAUAAUUAAUUUAUAUAUAAACAAAUAAAUAAAUUUUUAAAUACGUAAGCAUGACAACCGUAAAUAAAAAUAACCAUGGCAACCUAUACGCCACCUAUAAUCAAACUUCUGGAACUACAUAAAAUCACCUGACUCUCACACACAGUACACACAACACUCUGUUCUGUAUUUUCUAAAAAAAUUUCCUUGGAAACUGAAAUUUCCAAAAAAAAAUCCACCUCAUAAAAUAAAUAACUAGUGAAUGGGCCCGUCAUUAAAAAAACCAACAACACAUCGAAACUACGAUAAUAAAAUUCACAUGAAACAACGCAGCAGUCAAAAAAUUCUACAAAUUAAUAAAAUUCAAUCCCCAUUUUGCCCAUCACAGCACAACCACCACACCCCCUGAAUUCUAUUUACACACAUGUAAUUUUUAGAAUUAUAAAAAACCAUAGAAACAGAAAUUUACAAAAUAAAAAUACAAAAAAAGAAGCUAUGACGACGGCAGUGAGCGGUCCAGGGUUCAUGGGGAAACCGUUGUUGAUUCAGCGCACGCCUGGGGGUGCGACGGAGAUAGUUUACAAACAAAUUCGUUUUUUAAUCACGGAGCGACCCAACGAUCUCGGAAUGAAUUCGUAUCUCGAGGAUUUAAAGAAAUUCAACGUUUCCAUGGUUGUCAGAGUCUGCGAAGCCACGUACGAAGUCGAAAAAUUACUAAAGGAAGGAAUCGCUGUCAAAGAUUUAGAGUUCCCCGAUGGACAACCUCCUCCUCAAGAGGUAAUUGACGCCUGGUUGGAGUUGGUGCGGAGCGGGUUUUCUGCUGACCCCACGACGUGUAUCGCUGUUCAUUGCGUGGCCGGCCUGGGUCGCGCCCCGGUCCUCGUCGCACUCGCAUUAAUGGAACUGGGCAUGAAGUACGAAGACGCCGUGGAGCUUAUCAGAGCAAAACGUCGCGGAGCGGUAAAUUCGAAGCAAUUAUCUUUUUUACAAAGAUACAAACCAAAAUCUCGUCUAAAAUCAUCAUCAAAAAUCAACAAUAAUAAUAAUAAUAAUAAUUGCGUUGUCAUGUAAACGUAUGGUUUUUUUGUGGUUUAAUUUGUGGCGGAAAGGAAACAAAAUGGUCUCGUCGCGCUCCAUGGAAACAUCACCUCAUUAAUUUUUUAUCGUGUGUAAAUAUUCGUUUUAUUUCAGUGCUGGAAAUUAAUAAAUGAUUUUAAAAAAUGCGGUUUUUAA